AUGGACAACACAAAACCAAAGUCAAACGGCACCCAAAAGAAGAAAUUCGGCCCGAACAAGGGCAAACAAUCGCUCCUGAAGAGCAAAGCCAAUGCUGCAAGCGGUUAUGCCCAUCGCCAAAGUCUGAAGGCGAAGAAACGGGAGCAGGAAGUGGGGGAUGUAUACGAGUAUGUCCAGGAGAAGACACGGCGGUCAAAGGUCCGUAUGGAUCUCGACAGGGAUGAGGCCCAAGAGUUUGGAGAUUUGGACGGUUUGGAGGACGGUCAGCGGGAGGCCCUGCGGGCUAGGUUGAUUGGGGAGCACGACGAUGACGAGGGGAUUGAUAGCGAAGACGACGAGGAAAUUGACAGUGACGCUGCUUUUGAGGAGAGCGACGAAGAGCGGUUCGCAGAGUUCUUCCCUAACAAGAAGAAAAAAGCAGCCUCGAAGAAAAAGGAGCGCUCUGUACGCUUUGCUGAAGUAGAUUUGAACGAGGACGACGAGCCUCCAGCCCAGGAGAAGGAGGAGAGCGACGAAGAUGAGGAUGAAGACGAGGAUGAGGAAGAAGAAGGCGACCCUGACGAGUUUAUUGAUCUCUUGGAUGUCCUGGACGGCAAGGGCGAAAUCGACAUGCCCAGCGAUGAGGAAGGAGCGUCAAAAUCUUCACCUCAGCCUUCGAAAUCGCAGUCAAAGUUGGAUAUGGACGACGAUUUUGACAUGGAGGAAGGGGUUGGCGAGAAGGGCGAAGACGAGGAGGACGAAGAUGAAGAUGAAGAGGACGGCGACGACGACGAAGAGGAUGAAGAGGGCGACGAGGGUGAAGAAGAAUUCCAAAUCACCGCCUCCGACGACGAAGCCGAUGAGGGCAACUUGGACAACCUCCAAAGUUUCGUCGAAGCCCUCGAUACCACCGCUCAAAAACGCAAAGCCGACGAGGACCCAUCAGCAUCUCAGCAAAAGCGAAAACGACGACUAAUCCAGGAACAGACGGAGACAGGUGCUGAGGACGAGUUCAGAGUGAAUGCAAGCGGUUCGAAGCUCAACCUCGAUGACCUUCUGGAGCCUCUGGCGACCCAAUCCUCGUCCCUGUUGUCACUGAAAAAGACGACCAAAGUCCUGGGCUCAUCAUCUAAAACCAAAUCCCUGUCCGCACCACUCCCCCAACGUGCCCAAGAAAAGCUCGACCGUCAAGCAGCAUAUGAGCAGACCAAGGAGGAGGCUGAGCACCUAAGCUUCCCUCUACAAGCUGAGAAAGCAGGCCGAGUCUCCAACCUUGAGCUGACCGCCAAGUUCAAACCAACCACAGCACUCGAAAGCGCAGUCGACUCCCUCCUCAAAUCCGCGAAAGUCAGAGAAGACGAAAUCCAGGAAACAGAGGAAAGCAUGCUCAAAGCUAACAACCUCACCGUCGAAGAAGUCGCUCAACGACGUGCCGAGCUGCGCAAGAUGCGUGAGCUGAUGUAUCGAGCGGAGGUCAAGGCGAAGCGGGUGAAGAAGAUUAAGAGUAAGACGUAUAGGAAGUUGAAGAGGAAGGAGAGGGAGAGGAUGGCGGAGAAGAUUGACGAGGAGGAUAGUGAUGAUGAGGAGGCGCAGAUGAGGAGGGAGAUGGAGAGGGCAAGGGAGAGGGCUACCCUUCGCCAUAAACACACCGGCAAGUGGGCGCGACAAAUGAAGCACAAGCAUCUCGAUGUGGAUCAGCGAAAGGAGAUUGAGGAGAUGUUGGACAAGGGCGAGAAGUUGAAGAGGAGGAUAGAGGGCCUCGGCUCUGACGAGAGUGAGGAGGACAGUGAUGACGACAUGUCGGACGAGGAGGACCCCGAGAAAAUCAAAGCCGAUGCAUUCGACGAACUGCAGAAGCUGAAGGAGACGGACGGGGACGACGCCGAAGUCACAGCUGGAAAGAAGGGCAAGUCGGUGUUCGAGAUGAAGUUCAUGAAGGAUGCUAUGGCAAGGCAGGAUGCUGUGGCGAACCGGGAAGUUGACGACUUUAUGAACGAACUCUCCGGAGCGAUGAACGUGGACAGUGACGACGAGGAGGCCGAGGUUGCAGCUGAGGAGCACGAUCCCUCGAGUGGUGUCGUGGUACAGAGGGUUGGCGGACGUGUAGUCUACCGGCCAGGAGCACCGUCUACAAGCCAACCCUCAACAACAACUCGAGCCCCCGCCCCUCCCUCCGACACAUCCAGCGUAACCCUCAAAUCAACCGACCUCCUCUCACCCAUCGUCCCGCAAUCACCUCUGAACGAAACGACCUUCUCCUCCUCCUCAAAACCCUCCGGCGAGAUCAACCCCUGGCUCGCCCACGCCACCGACGACUCGGCCAAAAUCGCACGCAAGAAGAACGAAGUGGUCGUCAGCAAAGACAGCAAAUCCGCUGAAAAAUCCAAGAACAAGCUGAAAAAGGAGGCGAGAAAACGGCAGGAGGAGAAGGAGCUGGCCAAGGACGAUGCGACGCUUGAGAUUUCGAUGGAUAAUGUGUUGCAGUUGGGUGAACCGUCUAAAGAGGGGCAGGCUUCCACUUCGGCUGCAUCAUCCCAGAAGAAGGCUCCAAAGGCCAAAACUUCGACAACUACAGGCGGCGACGACUCGGAUGAAGACUCGGAUGCCAACAGCGAGGUUGACGCUCAGGAACAAGCACUCCUCCGAAAAGCAAAAGGAAAGGGCAAAGCAGCUGCACCCACCGCUUUCCAACAACGCGAUCUCGUCGCGCUUGCCUUUGCGGGCGACAACGUCGUUCGAGAAUUCGAAGAGGCCAAACGGCGAGAAAUCGAAGAUGACGCGCCUAAGGAAGUGGACACUACCAUCCCAGGUUGGGGUUCAUGGGCCGGUGCAGGCAUGCGCAAAAAGCCUCCCAAACCUGAGCGAAUCAAGAAGAUCGCCGGUGUGGACCCUACGACUCGAGCCGACUACAAUAAGAAGCACAUCAUCAUCUCUGAAAAGAGGGACAAGAAGGCUGCCAAGUACCUCGUCAAGGAUUUACCAUAUCCCUACACGAGUCAGGCUCAGUUCGAGCGGACGAUGGAGAGACCGUUGGGCACCCAAUGGAACACGAGAGUCGCGUUCCAGAGAGCUACGCUACCAAGAGUGGUCAAAAAGCCUGGCGUCAUCAUUACUCCCCUCAACAAGGCUACCUAA